AUGCAUCUGCUCGUGCUCCUUGCGACAACCCUGCUGGGUCUGACCGCUGCGACGACGACGACGACGACUCAGUCUACCAGUGUCCCCAGGCCGACUUCCUACACGCCGUACACCUUCGACCAGCCGAUCGAUCAUUUCCCCAACAGCACGCGCUAUGCACCACAUACCAACGGCACUUUUAAGCAGCGGUAUGUGUUCGACGACACUUAUUACAAGCCUGGCGGGCCUGUCUUCCUGUACAUCGGCGGGGAGACAUCGGCCGAGAGUCGCUACUCCAAUCUCCAGACGGGCAUCAUCCAGAUAUUGAUGCAAGCGACCAAUGGCCUCGGUGUGAUCUUGGAGAACCGCUACUAUGGGGAAAGCUAUCCGUUCAACACCAGCACGAUCGACGAGCUUGCGUAUUUAACUCAAGAGCAGACCAUCGCUGAUAACCAGUAUUUUGCACAACAUGUCCAAUUCCCAGGCAUUGACGCGGACCUGACUGCGCCCCAAACGCCCUGGAUUCUCUACGGGGGCAGUUUGGCUGGAGCCCAGACGGCGUUCUCGCUCGUCACAUAUGGCAAUACGCUCUAUGGCGGCAUCGCAAGCAGCGCUCCCAUCAUAGGCAAACUAGCAUACCCCGAGUGGUACUAUCCGAUCCAGCUCUAUGCUCCCCAGGACUGUGUCGCCAGCAUCAACGCCAUUAUCGACAAGAUCGACCAUCUGGUCGCGAACAACGCGCACUCCGCCAUCAAUCAUCUCAAGCGGAUCUUCGGCCUCGAAGCGCUCAAAGACAUCCGCGACUUCGCGCAAACCAUCGCCUUCCCCAUCGGUGGUCCAUUCAUUUACCCAACCAACACCUGGCAAGAGCUCAACUGGAACUCGACCUAUGGGUCGGAGGAUUUCUUCAAUUUCUGCCGAAACGUAACCGACAUCAACGCGCCGGACAAUAUCACAGCCAUCGACUACGAGCUAGCUAAUUACACGAACGGGGAGCCAUGGACGAAUCUAGGAAACUACGCCAACUACGUCAAGAACGUCGUUUUACCCCUCUGCCCGAGCGGCGAGUACGAUAGCAGCGCAUGCUUUGGUACCCAGAACCGCAGUUUCUGGGCAGACACGAGUAAUUCCGCAACGAGGAGUUAUCUAUAUACGACGUGCGUCGAGCAGGGUGCUUAUCAAGUCGCGCCGGCUUCGGGACCGAGCUUGAUCUCAAGAGUCCUUCAGGUUAAUUAUACGCAGGAGUGGUGCGAAUGGGCUUUUCCCAAGGGCAAGUAUAAUAGUAUUCCGUCUACGCCUGAUUUGAAUUAUUGGAAUAGAUACGGCGGGUUCAAUAUCAGUGCGGAUAGAUUGGCUUUUAUUGAUGGUAGCUCCGACGUCUGGAACCAACUAUGUUAUCAUAGCAAAGAUGCCCCGCAACGAUACUCUACCAACAAACACCCAGAAUUGCUAAUCAAUGGCGCUGGCCAUCAUUGGGAUAGCUACGGCAUUCUCGAUGUUGAUGCAGAACCUCAGUUCAUCCGCGAGGCUCAUUACUGGGAGAUUCGCACGGUUCAGAAAUGGCUUCGUGACUUCAAGAACUGGAAGGCGUAG